CAAACACCAUCCUAAGUUCAUAUCUCUGAUAUUUUGCAGUUAAUCAAUAAUAAGCAAAUCAAGACUAGGCUGUCCUGUUCGCUACUUGGCUUUCCUCUGCUUACUCCUUUGGAGCUCAUCCUUGUUGGAACCUGUUAUGGCUAUAUAACUAUAUAAGUGCAGCUGCAGAUUUAUAGCUUUGUGGUAAAUGCAUCUCUCAAGUUGAGUAUAGAGUCUCCUCAUAUGUUCAUCUCGUAUAUGUGGAUUAAACUUGAUGAAGAAGGCUGUGAUUGUUGGGCCAUUCGGAGGUGAGUCUGAGAAUUCAUGGGACCAUGGAGUCCACACCACUGUUAGACAAAUGUUCUUACAUUGUGGAAUGGUUGUCGACUACAUAGCAGUAGAGUAUGAUGAAAAUGGAAGCUCCAAAUGGUCUGAUGGAAAAGUUUACAUUGGUGGAAACCCUAAUAAAGACUUUCAGAUCAAACUGGACUAUCCGAAUGAGUGUUUGACAUCAAUCUCAGGUUACUACAAUGUCUUUAUGGGUCGUAUUUAUAUCUGUUCAAUGUCUGCAAGAACUCGGAUGCAACACCACUGUGUGACGCUAGACGAAGCCAUACGAUUGGCAUCAGUGUUUGUGUUAAAGAGGUUGUCUAGAGAUUAUGCGGCCACAGAUGAUAUUGUCGUGAACUUCAUUUCCAAGAUGGAUGAUCCAUUGAUUAAGCUUGAUUAUCCAGAUGAGUUUCUAACUUCAGUUACGGGUUACUAUGACUCUAUCAAUGAAAUGAAUGACUACAGUUUCACAUCACUCACAUUCCAGAGCAAUAGUAGAGCAAGCAGAAGACCUUUAUUGGUCCGAUCCUAUAAUCGGGAUGAAGAUCAAUGGGAUGAUGGAUUUUAUACUACAAUCAGGCAAUUGGUAAUUUCUAGUGGAUCCAUUGUCAACUCUAUUUGCAUUGAGUAUGAUGAGAAUGGUCAAUCUAUAUGGUCAUCAAAGCAUGGACGAAGUGUUGGAGACAAGACAUACACGAUUAAGCUUGACAUCCCAGAUGAGUUUCUCAUUUCAAUAUCGGGCUCUUAUAGUAGUGCAAACUCUAGUUCUACCAUAAUUGAAUCACUCACAUUCCAGAGCAAUAAAAAGAUAUAUGGACCAUUUGGUACUGGAAGUGGAAACAAGGAAUUCUCAUUAUCAUCAAUAUCAUAUGGUAAAAUAAUUGGAUUUCAUGGAACAUGCAGUGAUUAUCUACACUCCAUUGGAGUGUAUUUGAAGCCAAUUCCUAUGUCAUAUCAACUUGAAACUUGUAAACCAUGUGGAGGACAAGAUGGAAAUGUAUGGGAUGAUGGAUUUCACACAACAAUAAGGCAAUUGAUAGUAGGGGUUGGAUCUAUAGUUCAUUCAUUACAAGUUGAGUAUGAUAAGCAUGGGCGCUCUAUGUGGUGUGGAAGGCGUGGUUAUAGCAUUGGAGGCAAUAAAUACAUGAUUGAGCCAACUACCUCUAAACAAGCUUCUCCUAUCCAGAGUGGCAAAGAGCAAUGCAAGUUGAAUAUGAUGUACUCGUUGCUAACUAGACAUGGAGCUUGGUUCCAAGGCCAAUUGACAAGAAUGUAACUGAUAACAAAUAGGUCUUUUACAUUAAAAGGAAUGCUUGAUGGUUCCAAUUAGUGCUACAAAGCUCAAUUAGUUGCAAAGGGUUUUGCUCAACAAGUCUGGUAUUUAUUAUGAUAAAACCUUCACUCUUGUAAUGACAAUGACCACAAUUUACAUUGUUCUUGCCUUGGCCACUAAGAAUAAUUGGCCAUAGCGCCAUUUUGAUAUUUCUAAAUCUUUUAUGUAUGGUUCUCUGGACAACAAAAUUUUUAUGUAUGGUUCUCUGGACAACAAAAUUUUUCUGAAACAACUGGAAGGAAUUCUCAAUUCUAAUCAUCCAAAUUAUGUUUAUAUGUUAAA